CCUUCGUAAUUAAAGAUGGCCAAGUUCCAAACCAAACUCUUCGCCUGCAGUUUGGUCCUCCUGCUUGUGUUGCAAUAUUCACGGCUGGCAACAUCUCAAGAAGUGGAGGAUGAAAGUGAGUUUAAUUACAGCGAAAAUAGUGAAAGAGGACCAGCAAGGUGGGGAGAGAUUCACCCGGAAUGGGGAGCAUGCAGCAAUGGAACCAUGCAAUCUCCUAUUGAUAUGUCUAAUGAAAGAGUUGAGAUUGUUUCCCAUUUAGGGAGGCUCAAGCGAAGCUACAAGCCAGCCAAUGCCACUCUAAGAAAUAGGGGUCAUGAUAUGAUGUUGAGUUGGGAAGGUGAAGAAGCAGGGCUUAUAGAAAUCAACGGUACUGAAUAUGCGCUCCACCAAUGUCACUGGCAUUCUCCUUCCGAACACACCAUCGACGGAAGAAGGUUUGAUUUAGAGGCGCACUUGGUUCAUCAAAGUGCAGACGGUAAGAUAGCUGUAGUAGGGAUACUGUACAAGAUUGGAAGAUCAGAUCCUUUCAUUGCCUCGUUGGGGGAUCAUUUAGCGGCCAUCACCGAUAUCACACAAGGACAGCGAGGCGUGGGCGUGGUGGAUCCAAGGGGCAUAAAAUUCGGCAGCAGAAAAUAUUACAGAUACAUAGGCUCUCUUACUGUUCCUCCUUGUACUGAAAAUGUUGUGUGGAGCUUUGUCAGAAAGGUGAGGACUGUUACCAGGGAACAGGUCAGAUUAUUACGUGUGGCGGUUCACGAUGUAACUUCUUCUUCUUUAUUUAUUUUUAAAAAAAUGGGGUUCUUAAGAAAACUAAAGAGAGUGCCCUGUUCGUUUUCACAACAAUUCUUGGACUUGUUUUUGGAUUCUUAA